AUUGGCCGUACUAAGUGAGUGCAGUGUGUCAGUAGCCGAAGUCGACAACUGGAUAGAGGAAAUUCGGAUAGAUAUAGACUUUUCUGAAGUUUUAAAUACUAAUAACUAAUAUCUGCGUCAAGAGGAAUCUUUCCAAGACACACAGGAAACCCACGUCUUUGUUAAGGUCUUGGUAUCCUGCGGCAUCACAAUUUCAAAAAGCAUACCUCUUUGUGAUGAUGGGGUGAUUGGGUUUGCCCCUCUCACUUUUUCUUUUCCUGAACCUGUACACCACACAUCCUUAAACCCGAGCCAUGUCUGAGGAUUCCGACUCCAAGCCGUACCUGUUCUCCUCGCUGGAGGGCCAGGAUGGCGGCGGCGCGUGCAGCUCCAUGGCGCAGCUGCACCGGAUGGGGGGCUUUGCGGACGGGGCCGAGCUGGGCCUGCCCUCCGAGGGCAGCGACAGCAGCGGGCAAGACCCGCCGAGCUCCCCGCGCAGCGGCAGGAAGAUGACACGCUCGCUGCACGAGGACGUGGAGAUGAAGAGCAGCGGCUCCAGCGGCAGCGGGACGGAGUCGCACGGCAACGAGUCCCAUGGCAACGAGUCACACGGCAACGAGUCCCACGGCAACGAGUCGACGGGCAGCUCAAACGGCCGCAGCAAGGACUCGGCUCUGCUGGAGUCGUCCGAGAGCAACAAAAGCUCAAACUCCCACAGCCCUUCACCACCAAGCAGUUCCAAUGCCUUCAGUUUACUGAGUGCCAGCUCCGAGCAGGAUAACCCCUCGACCAGUGGCUGCAGCAGCGAAGAGUCUGCCAAGGCCAAGACACAGAAGGAGCUGCUCAAGACCCUCAAGGAGCUCAAGAGGCACCUCCCGUCAGAGAAGAGAAAGAAAGGCAACAAGUCCUCGACCCUCAACACCCUCAAAUAUGCCCUACGUUGCGUCAAACAGGUGGAAGCCAAUGAGGAAUACUACCAACUGCUCAUGACCAACGACAGCCAGCCGUCGGGCUUGGAUGUGGCCUCUUACACCAUUGAUGAGAUAGACAGUAUUACCUCCGAGUACACACUGAAAAACAACGACAUUUUUGCAGUCGCCGUGUCCCUCAUCACGGGGAAGAUAGUGUACAUCUCUGACCAGGCAGCCACCAUUCUCAACUGCAAGAGGGACGUGUUUAAGAACGCCAAGUUUGUGGAGUUUUUAACGCCUCAGGAUGUCAGCGUGUUCUACAGUUUCACAACGCCUUACCGUCUGCCCUCCUGGAGCAUGUGCACUGGAGCAGAGUCAUCCCCCUCCGACUGCAUGCAGGAAAAAUCUUUCUUCUGCCGGAUCAGUGGUGGUAAGGAGUGUGAGGGGGACCUGCAGUACUACCCCUUCCGCAUGACGCCCUACCUGAUGAAGGUGCAAGACUCGGUGCACGGAGAAGAGCAGUUCUGCUGCCUCCUGCUGGCAGAAAGGGUGCACUCCGGGUAUGAAGCUCCCAGAAUCCCCACUGACAAGCGGAUCUUUACCACGACACACACCCCCAACUGUGUGUUCCAGGACGUGGAUGAGAGGGCUGUUCCGUUGCUAGGGUUCCUUCCGCAGGAUCUGAUCGGUACGCCGGUGCUCAUGCACCUCCACCCAAAUGACUGGCCCGUCAUGCUGGGCAUUCACAGGAAGAUCAUGCAACACGCCGGGCAGCCCUUUGACCACUCCUCCAUCCGCUUCUGCGCCCGCAACGGAGAGUACGUCACCCUGGACACCAGCUGGUCCAGCUUCGUCAACCCCUGGAGCCGCAAAGUGUCCUUUGUCAUCGGCCGUCACAAAGUCCGCAUUGGCCCUGUGAAUGAGGAUGUGUUUGUGGCCCCAGCCGUAGCCGAGAGCAAAACCAUGGACUCAGACAUCCACGAAAUCACCGAGCAGAUCCACCGGCUUCUCCUGCAGCCGGUGCACGUCAACGGCUCCAGCGGCUACGGCAGCCUGGGCAGCAACGACCACCUGAUGAGCGUGGCGUCGUCCAGCGACAGCACGGGGAACAGCGGGACCCGCGCCGCCGCGCGGCCAGAGGAGGACGAACCGGACAAGGCCAAGCCUCGUUCAUUCCAGGAGAUCUGUAAAGGGGUGCACAUGCAGAAGGGCGUGCACAUGCAGAAGACUCAGGAGCUGCAGUCCAAGAAGAGCCCAAACACGCUGCCCCAGAAGGGCCCGGCGGUCCGGCCCAAGGACACUGCGGUUCCGAUGAGCUGGCGGGACUCCGCGGGCAGCCCUGAGGAGCGAGUGGCCAUGCAGGAGGAGCUGGCCUUCAAGGACCAGACCGUCUACUCCUACCAGCAGAUCAGCUGCCUGGACAGCGUCAUCAGAUAUCUGGAGAGCUGUAACAUCCCCAUCACCGUGAAGAGGAAAUGCCACUCCUCCUCCAACACCACCUCCUCCAACUCCGAUGAGGAAAAACAGAAAGUAGAGAGCUCUGUGCAAGCAGGAGAAGCAGAGGCUCCACUGCUGAAAACGCCGCCCAGUCUGGCCACUCUGAACGUGGCCAAGAAGAGCGCCGCCCCUGGGGUGGUGAGCACGUCGCUGGCCCCCCUGGCCCUGCCCAGCAAAGCAGAGAGCGUCGUGUCCAUCCCCAGCCAGUGCAGUUACAGCAGCACCAUCGUCCACGUAGGGGACAAAAAGCCUCAGCCUGAAUCAGAGAUCAUCGAGGACGUCCCAGUCGGUGGAGAGGCAGUGGAGUGCCAGACCACCGUGCCCCCAUGCGCUGUUUCGCCUCCCAGCCAGGAGAGGGAGGCAUACAAGAAGCUGGGCCUGACCAAGCAGGUGCUGGCGGCACACACGCAGAAGGAGGAGCACGCCUUCCUCAACCGCUUCAGGGAACUGCGCGGUGUCCAUGCCUUUAAGGCCGACUGCUCUCAGUACUUGGAGAGACAGAAGGGCCAGUUGGCCUCAGAAGCGGUCCCAGCGGUGCGCUCCUGUAAGCAGGGAGGAGGAGCAGGAGGCGGUGGCGAGCCGGCCGCCCGCCGUAGCGGCCGCAACAAGAAGACCAAAUCCAAACGCGUCAAGCAGAACGAGUCGUCGGACAGCACGGAGUCGCAGCAGAGGCAGCAGCAGCCGAGGCCGCCGCCGCUCCAGGGCCUCCAGCAGACGUCCUGGUCACUCUCGGACACGUCGCAGUCCACCUUCCCCAUGGCCUACCCCGCCGUCAUGCCCGCCUACCCGCUCCAGAUGUACCCCGGUGCCGGCGCCAUGGCCCCCCAAGUGGACCCCGCGCUGUCGCGCUUCAGCGAGAGCAACCAGGACCCCCGCUGCCCCAUGCCACCCCCCACGUACCCGGCGCCGCUGGUCACGCCCAUGGUAGCCCUGGUGCUGCCCAACUACAUGUUCCCGCAGAUGGGCAGUGCCCCCCGCCAGCCCUUCUACCCCGACCAGGCGGCCUUCCCCGCGCAGGCCGCCGCUUUCCAGACGCAGCCGGCGUUCCAGACGCAGCCGGCGUUCCAGGCGCAGCUGCCGUUCCCGGGCCAGUCCACGUUCACGGUCCAGGCGCAGUUCGCCGCCGCCGCCGCGCAGAACCCCUUCCCGCCAGCCGGCGGCUACGCGCCGCAGCCCUUCUCCUUCACGCUGCCCGGCGAGCCGCCCAAGGCGUCGGAGCCCGAGCUGCUGCUGCGGGAGGGCCAGUCGCGGUGCUCCACGCCGCCGUCGCCGCCGCUGUUCCAGUCGCGCUGCAGCUCGCCGCUCCAGCUCAACCUGCUGCAGCUGGAGGAGAGGCAGGACGGCACCGCCACCCCCGCCGCCAUCGCCGACAAGAUCGCCAUCGCCAGCGCGCAGACCAAACCCGACGCCGAGCUGCAGCAGCGCUCACUCAAACUGCCCGCUCUAGACAGGGCGUGCCCUACCACCCCCCCGGGCCCUGGCCCUGGCCUUAGCCUCCUCGGCCUCAGGUCCGGGCACAGGCAGACUGAUGUUGGGGGGUUGUCUUGGGAAAAGCUAUUCCCUAAAGUGUGUUGCAGCGACGAGGAGGUGGAGUCUCCAGGCGACAGUAACCACAGCGACGGCAACUCUUCCUCCAGCGACAUGUUGGACAUCCUGCUCAUGGACUCGCGCUCAGGCACCGGCUCGGCCACCUCGGGCUCCAUGGGUUCUGGUUCUAAUGGCUGCGGAACCUCUGCCUACGGAACUUCAACUAGUGGUGCAUCUGCCAGUGGAACAGGGAGCAGCCAUGUAAGCAACAACAGCAGCAACUACUUUGGCAGCGUGGACUCCUCUCAGAAGAGCCAUAAGGCCAAGGAGCCUGAGGCAGCCAUGACCGUAGGACUGGGCGGGGAGAUGGAGGUGGAGGAGAACCAGCACUUCUCCAAGGACCUACCACAGGACCCACCGUGGCUCCACACGACUAACGUAGACGGGGCCAGCAUGCUGACGUACCAGAUGCCACCGUGUGACAUGCAGAAGGUUCUGAGGGACGACCGCGAGAAGCUCCGGCAGAUGCAGAAACACCAACCGCGCUUCACCAAGGACCAGAGGAGGGAGUUGGUGGAGGUGCACCCCUGGAUGAGAAGAGGGGGUUUGCCCAAAGCCAUCGACGUCAAGGCAUGUAUGGGCUGUGAGGAUCUCUCCGAAAGUCUCGUUGAGGAAGAGACGCCUGACUUGCACAUGGGGGAGACGGAAGCCAGCGAGGAGGCCUCUGCAGACAAGACCAGCGCGCAGCUGCAGCAGCAGCAGCCGGGCUCCUCCCAGGGCCUGAGCACAGCGAUGGGGACCUAGCACUACUACUGACUACUGUAAAGACUUAACUUGACUGAAUGUGGAAUAACACACAUACAUUACGCACACAUCCACCCAUCCACAUACACACAGAAUAUACUCUGGCAAGAAAAACUGAACAUUCUAUUUUUAAACUGUAUGCGUGCGCAAGAGUGUGUGUGUGUGUGUGUGUGUGUGUGUGUGUGUGUGUGUGUGUGUGUGUGUGUGUGUGUGUGUGUGUGUGUGUGUGUGUGUGUGUGUGUGUGUGUGUGUGUGUGUGUGUGUGUGUGUGUGUGUGUGUGUGUGUGUGUGUGUGUGUGUGCGCGUGUGCGUGUGUGCAUGUGUGAAUGUUUGUGGUCCUGAGUGAAUGAUAUUGUAAAUAUAUGAAUGUGAGCAAGUGUGAGUGUUGGCGUGCGUACGCACAUGCAUGUGCACACAGUUGUGAAGUACUACCAGAUGACCUUGAUACCUUUUUCCUUUCUAUUUCUUAAAUGUCAACUUUUUUUCGAUGUGUUUCAAAAUGUUUGUCCACAGAUUUCUCUAUAUCUUUAAAUGAGUUUUAUUUUAUUUUUUAAAUCCUUCAAAUGAUUCUUUGGCUUCAGACAAAUUCCUCUGGACUUGUUCUCUGCUUGCCUUGUGUCCAUUGUAUGCGUGAGUCAAAUCUUUGGUAGUUGAAAGUAUUUAUUUUUAUACAGAGAUAAAUGGUGACAAAACACAACAAAACGUGCGUAUUUUUUUUAUCUUACAAGAGUAGAGAGGCUGAGAGUGUGCAGUAUAGGUAGCAGUACAUGAGUCGGAGUGGAGCAGGGUAUUCUGGUGUUGUAACACCUUUCAAGAUGAUUAUUUGUUAACUGAAAGCUAGUUUUAUAAGAUGUCUGGUGGAUGAUUGUCUGGCCCAUGGUUAACAAUGGUGCUAAUUUCUUUCAUCACUUUCCUUUGUCUGGAGCCAUGUUUACGUGGUAUCUAAAUGAUCUUGAGGAAUAGGCCUUUAGCUAAACCUGAAGAUCAAGCAAAAAUCUGUUGACCUAAAUAUUUGACCAAAUGGUGAGCAGUGUAGUAGGCUAUGUAGGUUACAUUUGUUGUUGGAAAUCUCUUAAUUGCAAAUGUCAUGGAGAUGUACAUAGUGUCAUUGUCAACAGUGUUGUAGGCCCUCGUCUGGUUUGGUUACAGCCUUUUUAUUGGUUAGGUCACAGCAUCCUUAAAGACCCGGGUUUAAUAAGACUGACAUGGUCUCUGAGAAUUUUAAGCCAAUUUUUAACUACACUGCCAUCUGCUGGAAAACAAGACAAUUCGUAUUUCCCUGUUCAUGUGUGAAGUAGCAAAUAUGUAUUUAUUUCAGAGGAAAUGGACAAGAGAAUGUGAACGCACUCACUCAACAUACGCCUCUGUGCAUUGUUUCUUUUUUUCAAAUAGUGGUCUAUUUGUUAAAUAAAUAAAUAAAAAUAAAUAAAGGAAUAUUUCGUA